AUGCACGGCCGCGCCCUGCUAGCAGCAGCAGCGCUGCUGGCGUCGGCCGUCACGCUCACGCUUCUCCCCUCCGCCGCCGCGCAGCCGUGGGUGGGCCCGUGGCCGACGUGCGACGACACCACGGGCAACUACUCGGCCGGCAGCGCCUACGCCAACAACAUCAAGCAGCUCAUCCACACCCUCCAGACGAACGCGUCCAACACGCCCGCCCUCUUCGCGACGGGCUCCGUCGGCGUGGGUGGCGCGGACGCCGUCUACGGGCUCAUACUCUGCCGCGGCGACCUCAGCCCCACCGACUGUUUCGACUGCGGCACCAACGCCGGCCAGGACGUGUACCGCGUCUGCAACCACACCCGGGACGCCGCGCUCGUCUACAACCAGUGCUACGUCCGCAUAGCCCCCACGGACUUCCUCGCCUCCACCAACAACACCGGCUUCGUGGGCCUCAUCGGCUACACCGUCCCCGCGGGCGUCGACGUCGCGGCCUACGACGACGGGCCGUCACCAGGCUGCUCAACGCCACCCUGCAAUACGCGGAAGUACUUCGCCACGGGGCAGAUGGUGGGGCUCGACCCGCAGCUGCAGCUCCCGACGGGCAUCUGGUCCAUGGCGCAGUGCGCGGGGGACAUAUCGCCUGCUCAGUGCCGGAGCUGCCUGGACGACCUGUUGGCGCAGUGGUGGGACGUCCAGUUCGACCGCAGGCAGGUGGGCGCCAGGCUCGACGGUUCGCGCUGCAACCUGAGGAUCGAAGGAGCAAACUUCUACACCGGCAGCCCGAUGGUGAGGCUGCAGAUGAACGGCGAGGUGGCCGCUCCAGCGCCGGCGCCUCCCACGGAUGUUGUACCGGGCACCACCGGAGGUAAAAAAAUUUCAGUUGGCGAACUUCUCGGAAUUAUAUUGCCAAUAGUAUUUGUUGCUGUAAUAGCCGUCGUAGUCCUUUGCAUAUGGAUUGUUUGUAAGAAGAGAACAUCUCAAGGAACAAAUAUUCCCCACCGAACUUAUAUGGCUGAGGACUUUGAAAGCAUCAAGUCGAUAUUGUUAUCGCUGUCAUCGCUACAAGUAGCAACAAAUAAAUUUGAUGAAAGCAAUAAACUAGGUGAAGGGGGAUUCGGUGCAGUUUACAAGGGACAUCUUUCCGGACGGGAAGUGGCUGUGAAGAGGCUACCAAAGGGUUCAGACCAAGGACUAGAAGAACUAAAAAACGAGCUAGUUUUGGUGGCCAAACUUCAUCACAAGAACCUUGUUCGAUUGGAGGGUUUCUGCUUAGAAGAGGGAGAGAGGUUGCUUGUCUAUGAGUACAUGCCCAACAAAAGCCUCGACAAUAUUCUUUUUGAUCAUGAGGAGAAAAGACGACUAGAUUGGAGGAAACGAUUCAACAUAAUUGAAGGUGUUGCACGUGGAUUGCAAUAUCUUCAUGAAGACUCUCAGAAGAAGAUAGUCCACCGUGACUUGAAAGCGAGCAACAUUUUGUUGGAUUCACACAUGAACCCUAAGAUUGGUGACUUUGGCCUAGCCAGGCUCUUUGGGCAAGAUCAGACUCGAGACGUCACAAACAACAUCGUCGGGACAUUUGGCUACAUGUCUCCCGAGUACAUGAUGCGUGGACAAUACUCCACAAAAUCAGAUGUAUUUAGUUUCGGCAUCCUUGUUAUAGAGAUUGUAUCAGGACAGAAAAACGUUGGGCAUUACUUCGACGAGCAAAAUGAGGAUAUUAUAAGCAUUGUAUGGAAGCACUGGACGGAGGGAACGCUUGUAGAGAUUAUAGAUGAUUCUCUAGGGAGAAACUACUCAGAGACUGAGGUGCUAAAAUGCGUUAACAUUGGCCUGCAGUGCCUUCAACAGAAUCCCAUGGAUCGACCUACGAUGUCGGAUGUCAUGGUGAUGCUCAACGAUGUUGAUACUAGUUCUCUGCCUGCUGCUGCAAGACCAACUUUUUUCUUAGAUGCAAGCUCUGGUUACUCUUACACUUCGGGUACUAUUUCACACCCUUCUGCCAGGUAG